AUGAAUAAUACAACGAACGGAACAUCAACUAUGCAAAUUGAAACAAGGACGUUGGAUACGUCAGCUAAGAUUAUGAUUGCGAUGUAUAUCACAAUUUUUGUGUUGGCGGUGAUAGGAAACUGUCUUGUGAUUCUAACACUGAUUCAGAACACGAGGAUGCGUACGGUGACAAAUGUAUUCCUACUGAACCUUGCUGUCAGUGACUUGCUGUUGGCGGCGUUCUGCAUGCCGUUUACCUUGAUACCAAUUCAUCUUAAAAAUUUCAUAUUCGGCCCUUUCAUGUGCGUUGCAAUACGGUAUGCGCAAGGGGUAUCUGUUGCUGCCAGCUGCUUUACAUUAGUGGCAAUUUCGCUGGAAAGAUACUUCGCCAUUUGCAAGCCGCUUCACUCUCGCCGAUGGCAAACAUUGUCACACGCAUACAAAAUCAUUAUACUCUGCUGGAUGUUAGCGCUGAUUAUUGUUCUCCCAAUACCCAUUGCAACCAGCCUCAUGGAAGGGGGUCAAGGUCGAAUGAUGUGUGUCGAGAUCUGGAACAAUAACGACUUAGAGAAGGCAUACACGAUAUUUCUUGACGUCGUUCUACUCUUUAUUCCUCUCUGCUUAAUGACCGGAUCUUACACCCGUAUAAUGGUAACAUUAUGUACCGGUAUAAAACAAGAUGCACAAGUUGAAAACAGCACGAGUCAAUCUAUUGUAUCCAUGCGAAGCAAAUAUUCUAAAACUACUAAUAACAAAACCUUUGGCGGCUACGUAACACGAUUAGCCAAUAAACCUAGUGAUAAAAACUAUUUGUCCAUCCAAAUGACAGAAAUAAGCCCAUGCAGUAGCGAAGAAUCAUCUCCCCGACGAAAAUAUGACACAACGAGAAUUAUACGCCAAAGUAACCAAGAGAGAAGUAGAAAGGCCAAGAUUCGUGUCGUAAAAAUGUUAUUUGUUUUGGUUAUUGAGUUCUUUGUUUGCUGGACACCACUCUACACUGUGCAAACGUGGAAAAGUUUUCACCAUGAAAGCGCAAAGGAAAUGAUACCAAGCGCCGUUUGGUCAACAAUAUUUGUUCUCGCAUUCUUUUCAUCGUGUUGUAAUCCGAUUACGUACUGUUUCAUGAACAACACAUUCCGGCAAGCCUUUGUGAACGCUGUAAUGCGAUGUAUAUGUUGCAAAAGAGUUACCAGUGCAACGUACAAACCAAACACUAGUACCAGACGUCUGACGUGGUUUGACAGUCAGAAGCCAGAUGAGACGGAAUUAAGUUCAAGUGAGAAAACAAAGAACGGACUUUUGUAA